AUGAGUGUCUUCAAGGGCCGCGCAGUGGUCCACUGGUGUGCCCCCUUCUCCCCGGUCCUCCACUACUGGCUGCUGCUUUGGGACGGCAGCGAGGCUGCGCAGAAGGGGCCCUCGCUGAACGCUACGGUCCGCAGAGCCGAACUGAAGGGGCUGAAGCCAGGGGGCGUUUAUGUCGUUUGCGUGGUGGCCGCUAACGAGGCUGGGGCAAGCCGCGUGCCUGAGGCUGGAAGAGAGGGCCUCGAGGGGGCCGACAUCCCUGCCUUCGGGCCUUGCAGCCGCUUUGCAGUGCCGCCCAACCCCCGCACUCUGGUCCACGCCGCCGUCGGGGUGGGCACGGCCCUGGCCCUGCUGAGCUGUGCCGCCCUGGUGUGGCACUUCUGCCUACGCGAUCGCUGGGGCUGCCCGCGCCGAGCCGUCGCCCGAGCAGCAGGGGCGCUCUGAAAGGGGCCUGGGGGCAUCUCGGGCACAGCCAGCCCCACCUGCGGCGCUCAGCCCGGCUCCUGGAAAGAGGGGAACCCGCUGCCUCCAGGGAGGGCUGGACGGUGAGCUGGGAGCCAGCCCCAGGCUCUAGAGCCACAGCAGAGUCAUGGUUCUCUGGGCUGAGCGCUUGUUUAGGUCCGGGACUUGGCGCUUUGUUUCCUGGCUGAGGUCUGGGAAAGAAUAGAAAGGGGCCCCCAAUUUUUUUUUUUUAACGGUCAGAUAGUAAAUAAUGUAACCUUUGCGGUUUAAGAG